GCGGACGGAGAAAAAGACGACGACGAAGAAGGUUACGUUAGUUAGCAUAACCCUGAAAAGCUACCGUAGCUGUGUGUUGUAAGAGGUAUUUGCUUGUUACAUAUUUAGCGACCCACCAAGAACAAAAACAUCCGAGAACAUUUCAUACCUGCGAACACACCAGACCCCACUUUAGGUUUCAUAUUCUGAAGGUCACACUUCGGCUGGUACAGUAACGCUGUAGCACUACUGGCAGUCCUGUGACACAAGAAAAUAAUGUGCUGCAGCUGAAGAUGGGUGGGAGCGGCUCCAAGUCCAAAGGAUUUUGGCCUUUUUCUGGCUCAGGUAGUACGGACGAUCCAACCAAAGACGGAAAUGAGCAGUCAAUGACGAGAGUUCGAAGUUUCCCAAAUGCAACACCUUUCGUGUUUACUAGACGAAGCUCUAUGUUCUUUGAUGAAGAUGGUGACUUGGCCCAUGAGUUCUAUGAAGAGACAAUUGUGACAAAAAAUGGACGUAAAAAAGCCAAGCUGAAGAGGAUUCAUAAAAACCUAACACCUCAGGGAAUCAUAAAGCUGGACAUCCCUUGCAUCCAUGUAGAUUUCCCAGUUGUCCUCUGUGAAGCCUGAAGAUGUCUGAGGAGCGUCUCAGACGGUCCACUUCGUCAACUCCGUCCUGUGGUUUCCCCGACAGCUGGAAGCCCGAACCACCUUUUAAAAUAACAUGAUCUCUUGAUAUAUUUGAUGCCCUUAUGUGGACAGGCUGAUGCAGUGUGUGCUGAGCCUCUGCAUGUGAUCUGUUUUUGGCUUGUGUGCAGUUAGACACAGAAAAGAUCACCAAUGGAGAUCUAGAAGGGUGCCAAGUUGGCCAAACAUGCUCAGUUUACAGAUCAUGGUUUGUGUGCAUGUAAGUGUGAAUGUGUGUGCAGACACAGGAUGAAAUGUGUCAGAGUCCUGAAUUCAUUGCUGCAGAUUGUUUUCUGGUAUGAUUGAUUGAACCUCUGGGAGUUUAGUAGAAGUGACCAGUUCUUCCCUCUGUCACAGUCAUAUCUAGAGUGGGAAAGUUUAAGUGCACACUUAAGUUUUUUGACACCAUCUUGAAUUGCUUUAUUAUGCAUGGAACAGGAUCUGCUUAUCAGUAAUAACUUAGGAAGUUGACAAUCAGUGGGCCACAAUAUCUAAAGUGGAUUAAUGUCAUAUUAUAAUGUUGGAUGGACUGGCUUCAAUGACCUUAGAGCCACACAUGUACACAGCAGCAGUGAGUCUAGUAAGAGAUCCUGUUGUUUCCUUUGCUGCUUUGGCAUACUAUGUUUCACUUUUAAUUUAUUAUAACUGUUUUUUAAUUACAAUUUGAAAUGCUAAACUGUGUCAUGGUACUUUUUUUUCACAUCAGUGCAUUAUAGUUGAACAGCACAUAUUUUGCAUUUACUUUAUAAAGAGGGAAGAGGAAAUCCAUGUACACAUUUUACAAAAUAUGUGUACACUAAUGUCAAAAUAUCAGGAUUUUAUGUUGCAGGUGAAGACCGUAGCUACAUGAGGCCACUGAGCUCCCGUGGGUGACUUACUGGCUGAGUCCAGUAAAAGUAAAACUCAGAGUCCACUUACUAUGGGAGUUUUACAUUCUCCAUCAUCAUUUACUGCCUAUUAUGACAUGACCAAAUACAUACCACAUAUGGUGGGAGAUAUUUACAGUAACUUUAAUGGAAAAGCUAAGAAGAUAAAGGAGGAAAUCUCUUUUUAUUAGUGUCAAAUGUGGCUUUAUUUAACAAUUAUUCUGCAAGCUCAUAAGAGCCGUUUGUCAAAUAAUCUUUUAUAACGACAGAGAGUUUAGCUUUUUUGGCAAAGGUUGUAAACACUAAAAUGAACUAACAGGACCUGUUCACCCAUGUAGUGGAAAUAAUGCUGCUGACCUCCACCUGCGAUGAAAUUAGCCACCUGCAUAGGAAAUUGCCAAUUGAACUGUGUGUAUGCAUGUGUUUGUCUGCUAAUGAGGGAUGGAUGAAGUUAAGAGAGAAGUAAAGGCCAUCAAUGCAGUCUCCAUGGGAACGGGUUUUCUACAAAGCUGUCUGUUAUAUUGUUCUCCAUAGAGGAUAAAGAGGGCUGUGCCAAAGUCCACUCCACUUUAUUGACUUUGUGCUUUUUUUACCUCUGGGCAAGUACCUUUUUCAGCUGAGUCUGAGGGAGAUGUGGCAGUACAAUUACUUUUUCUUGUUUACUUUCACAAAGCUGUAAUAAUAUAAAAGGCCAUGAGGUGAAUUUCAGUAUCGGGGGUUAAAAUAAAAGAUUUUACUCAGCAAACCACCCAUCCCACUGGCUUUGCUGACAAAAGUCUAGGCAUAUUUUAAGACAUGAAGUCGCAAAGUAAGGUAUUCACAGUGACAUUUACCAUCUUUUACCUUCUAAUUAAAAGUGUGUGAAUUAUUCUA